AUGUCUCCCCUUGGAAGAAGCAUCGUCGACCCGUACCUGGCGGCCGGGGUGGCCAUCCUCGUCGCCCUCGUCCUCGCCGCCCUCCGUCGUCCAAAGCACCCGCGUCUCCCACCGGGGACGACCCUCCCACCCGGCCCCGAACCCAGGCCGCUCAUCGGCAACCUCCUCUCGAUCCCGCCGGCGCACUCGUGGCUCGCGUUCCACGAGCUCAUCAAGCAGCACGGCCCCGUCGUGCGCCUCUCGCUGCCGGGCGGCCAGGAGCACGUCCUCCUCGGCACCGAGACCGCCGCCAACGACCUCCUGCGCCGCCGCGGCAACCUCUACAGCGACCGCCACCACGCGCCGGCCGCGAGCCACCUGCUGACCGACGACCACAUGCUCCUGCUGCUCCCCUACGACGACAAGUGGCGGCGCUACCGCCGGUUCCUGCACCAGGUGACCAUGGCGCCCGUCGCGCCGCGGUACGAGACGGAGCAGAGGAUCGAGGCGGUGAGGCUGCUCCGGGACCUCCUCCGCGACCCGGCCGACUACGAGUCGCUCUUCGAGCGCUUCAGCGUCGGCCUGGGCUUGCGCAUCAUCUACGGCCUGCGCCUCGAGAGCGCCCGCGACCGCGACGCCCGCAUGAUCCUCGACAUCGUCCACGAGCUCGAGCGCGUGGGCUCGCCCGGCGCCUACGCGGUCGACCUGUUCCCGUGCCUCCUGCGCCUCCCGGAGCGCCUCGCCCCCUGGAAGAGGUACCUCCGCGGCCGCCGACGCCGCGACGAGGCCUUCUUCCGGGAGCUCGUCGACCGCAGCGGGUCGCCGUCGUGGGCGCGGACCUGGCUCGGGACGCGGGACGAGUGGGACCUGACGCGGCGCGAGGCCGACUGGAUGCUCGGCUCCGUCUUCCAGGCCGCCGCGACGACGUCCGGGUCGGCGCUCGCGUCGUUCGUGCUCUGCAUGGUGCGGAACCCGGGCUGGUUCGGCAAGCUCCAGCGGGAGGUAGACGCCGUCGUCGGCGCCGGCAGGCUGCCGGCCCUCGAAGACAUGCCGCGGCUGCCGCUCGUCCGGGCCUGCGUCAAGGAGACGCUGCGGUACUACCCGAUCACGGCCGGCGGGUUCCCGCACCGGCUCACGGAGGACGACACGUACGGGGCCUACUUCCUGAGCAAGGGCACCGUCGUGCACGCCGUGCAGUGGGCGAUCCAGCGCGACCCGGAGCUGUACCCGGACCCAGAGCUCUUCAACCCGGACCGCUGGCUGGACCCGCGGUACCCGACCUUCAGGGAGCCGCUCAGCGUGUACCCCAACCUGCAGCAGUUCUCCGCCUUUGGCCACGGCCGGCGGAUAUGCCAGGGCAUCAACAUCGCCGAGCGGAGCCUGAACCUCAAGGUCGCGCUGCUGGCCUGGGGGUGCGACAUCUCGAGGGCCAAGGACGGCCGAGGGAGGGACGUCGUGCCGCCGCUGUACGACUUUGUGGAAGGGUUCAACGUCCAGCCGAAGCGUUUCCAGUUCGACCUGCAGCCGAGGAGCCGUGAGCGAGUCGACUUGAUAGAGCGAGCGUACGAGCAGACACUCAAGGAGGAUCCCUUGCUGUGA